AUGAAAGGCGAGGUCCUUCACCUUCACCUCGGCCAGGCUGGUACCCAGCUCGGUAACAGUGCCUGGGAACUCUACCUUCUCGAGCACGGCCUAGGCCAGGACGGUAGACCCGACCCCAACAUCAAGGACGUUGCCGAUGGUGGCUCGUACGAGACGUUCUUCACCGAAACUAGCAAUGGCAAAUACGUUCCGCGCUCGCUCUUUGUCGAUUUGGACCCGUCGCCCAUCGACGAGAUCAGGACUGGCAGCUACCGUUCGCUCUUCCACCCCGAGUUGCUGAUCAGUGGAAAGGAGGAUGCGGCCAACAAUUACGCUCGUGGCCACUACACUAUUGGCAAGGAGAUGGUCGACAACGUCAUUGAGCGCAUCCGUCGCGUUGCUGACAACUGCCAUUCCCUUCAGGGUUUCUUGAUCUUCCACUCUUUCGGCGGUGGCACUGGUUCGGGUUUUGGUGCUCUGCUCCUCGAGAGGCUAUCCACCGAGUACGGCAAGAAGUGCAAGCUUGAGUUCGCCGUAUAUCCUGCCCCACGAGUCUCUACAGCAGUUGUUGAGCCGUACAACGCCGUACUUUCGACGCACAGCACCAUUGAGAACUCCGACUGUACAUUCCUCGUCGACAACGAGGCUGUCUACGACAUCUGCCGCAGGAACCUCGAUAUUCCCCGCCCAAGCUACGAGCACCUGAACCGUCUGAUUGCCCAGGUCGUCAGCUCCAUCACCUCGUCUCUGCGCUUCGACGGUGCCCUCAACGUCGAUCUGAACGAGUUCCAGACCAACCUCGUGCCCUACCCCCGUAUCCACUACCCCCUGAUUAGCUACGCCCCUGUUAUCUCGGCUAAAAAGAGCUCACACGAGAGCUUUAAGAUCCAUGAUCUUACCUUCCAGUGUUUCGAGCCCAACAACCAGAUGGUUGUUUGCGACCCCAGGAAUGGCAAGUACAUGGCUGUGGCUCUGCUGUACCGUGGUGACGCCGUUCCUCGUGACACCAAUGCCGCUGUGGCUGCCCUCAAGGCCAAGGCAUCGUUCAACCUGGUUGAAUGGUGCCCUACCGGCUUCAAGAUCGGCAUCAACUACCAGAAGCCGGUUGCUGUUCCCGUUCCGGAUGGUGACGGUGGUCUUGCCGCUGUGGAUCGCUCCGUCUCCAUGUUGUCCAACACCACUGCCAUCGCCGAGGCCUGGUCUCGUUUGGACUACAAGUUUGACCUUAUGUACAGCAAGCGUGCCUUUGUACACUGGUAUGUCGGUGAGGGUAUGGAGGAGGGUGAGUUCAGCGAGGCCCGUGAGGAUCUUGCGGCUCUCGAGAAGGACUACGAGGAGGUUGCCGCCGACUCGUUUGAGCCAGAGGAGGGUGAUGCCGAGUACUAG